AUGGUGCCCAAGGCGGACAGCGGCACCUUCCUCCUCCUCUUCCUCCUCGUGCUCAGCAUCACCGAGCCGCUGCGGCCAGCAACCUUCUCCUUGUCUCUUGCAGAGAUGCGUUGCAAUCCCGGGCAUUUCACUUGCCGCAGCGGUUCAGUCCAGUGCAUCCCCUCGAAGUGGCAGUGCGACGGGUGGCCCACCUGUGAGGAUGAAAGCGAUGAAAUUGGUUGCCCAAAUUAUACAGGGGACCAACGCAUUUAUCACGGGAAGGAAAAUGUGGAUUCCAGGCACAAUCGUGGAAGAGGAGGGGACACGACACGCUUCCACACCAUCAACAUGGCACAGCCGGUUCGAUUCAGUAGUUUCCUAGGGAAAUGCCCAUCAGGGUGGCACCACUACGAGGGCACCGCCAGUUGCUACAGGGUGUACCUGAAUGGAGAGAACUACUGGGAUGCUGUACAAACGUGUCAGAAGGUGAAUGCUUCCUUGGCCACCUUCACCACCGACCAGGAGCUGAAGUUCAUUUUGCAGCAAGAGUGGGACUCUGAGGAGAAGAGCUUUGGCCGGAAGGAUCAACGCCGGUUUUGGGUUGGGUACCAGUUUGUCAUCACCAACCGAAACAAUUCCCUCGAAGGCCACUGGGAAGUUGCUUAUAAAGGAUCGUCCGAAGUAUUUCUUCCUCCUAACCCUACUUUCAGCACAUCUCUCUCUGAAAAUGAAAACAUCCUCUGUGCCCAAUUUCAGUGCUCCCAUUUCCCGAUUCUCCGGCACCACGGUUUUCACAGCUGGUACGCCGAGAACUGCUACGAAAAAUCCUCCUUUCUUUGCAAAAGAAGCCAGACGUGCGUGGAUAUCAAAGAUAACAUUGUCGACGAAGGCUACAAUUUCACCCCUAAAGGGGACGACCCCUGCUUAAGUUGCACAUGUCACAAUGGCGAGCCGGAGAUGUGCGUGGCGGCCUUGUGCGAGCGACCACAGGGCUGUCAGCAUUACCUAAAGGAUCCCAAGGAAUGCUGCAAAUUUACCUGCUCAGAUCCUGACGGCAACAGUUUGUUCGAUUCCAUGGCCAGUGGCAUGCGCCUCAUCGUCAGCUGCGUCUCUUCCUUCCUCAUUUUGUCCCUCCUGCUCUUCAUGGUUCACCGGCUGCGACAGAGACGCCGGGAGCGCAUCGAGUCCUUGAUUGGAGCCAACCUGCACCACUUUAACCUGGGCCGAAGGAUGCCUGGUUUCGAUUACGGCCCAGACGGCUUUGGAACCGGACUCACGCCACUGCACCUCUCUGACGACGGAGAAGGCGGGGCCUUUCACUUCCACGACCCACCUCCACCCUACACCGCGUACAAAUACCCGGACAUCCAACACCCAGACGACCCACCGCCACCUUACGAAGCGUCCAUCAGCCCAGACAAUAUUCUCUGUUCUCUGCCAGACGGGGUCCAUUCUCAGAUGGGGCCUAACACUCAGCUGUCCUUAGGGAACGCCGACACCUCUUUGCCGCUGCCCGACGAGCCUCUCCCUCCUUCCGUCGGCCCGUCCCCCUUGGACCUUGAAAACUCUGCAGACAGUAGCACCCUCCUUGUCCUCCCAGACACUCCUUUAAGCGAAAGCACGCUCUCGGAGAGCCUCGGUGGCCACCGCCACAGCCACUGUUCUCAAAAUACCAUGGUAUAAAGGAAACACAAUCAAAACAAGAGACACCCCCCCUCUCU